AUGGCAAAGUCUUUUCGUUACUACCUCCAGAGACUAGAGGUCAAUCAGACCAAUGAAGAGGGCGAGAAGGGAGACAUUUAUCUGAGCAAUCAUGAUCUUCUGCCUAUUCCCAAGGAGAAUCGAAUCUGGGGUCUGUGGACCUAUGGCCUGUUUUGGUUCGGCGAAUGCGCCAGUGUCACCAGCUGGACUGUUGCCUCAACCGGAGUGAAAGCCGGGCUGGCAUGGUGGGAAUCAUGGAUCUGCGUCAUUGUUGGCCAUCUUAUAGUAGCAACCUUCAUGACGGCCGUCGGCCGGGCCGGAGCGGUCUACCAUCUCGGCUUCCCCACAAUUGCUCGGUCCAGCUUUGGCAUCUUCGGUAGUCUUUGGCCAAUCUUCAAUCGCGAUGCCAUGACAAUCAUCUGGACUGGCGUUCAAGGCGUCACUGCUGGCAAUUCGGUUUACGUUAUGCUCCACGCCAUCUUCCCGACGAUAGCCAAGGUGCCCAACCCGUUUCCGGCCGACGUGACUAUGACAGGUGGCCGGAUGAUUGGCUUCGUCAUUGCGUGGAUCUUGACACUGUUCUGCGCAAUGUUCAAAGUUCACAAGUUCCGCAAGUUGAUCUUGGUCAAGUCUGUCAUCAUGAUCAGCUGUCUCAUCGCUUUCUUUAUCUGGGCCAUCGUCGAGGCUAAGGGUAUUGGUCCUGUGGUCAAGCAGGGGGCUAAGAUUCCCGCGGGGCAGUCUCAUGCCUGGGUUUUCCUUACGCAACUAUUUAUACAAGCGGCCAACUUUGCCACUUUUGCGACUAAUAACGCUGACAUCACGCGUUAUGCCCGACGGCCGAAAGACGCUCUAUGGACGCAGAUCAUCGGGAUGCCAGUGGCGUUUGGCGUGGUUGGGUUCUUUGGCAUCUUUGUCACCUCGAGCAGCGGAGUCAUUUUUGGCAAUGUCCAAUGGGAUCCCAACGCUCUGCUGGACAUGUUCCUGACCACAGACUACUCUCCUCGCCGUCGCGCUGCCGUUUUCUUCAUCGCAGCCGGCUUCUCCUUUGCCCAAGUCACCACCCAGAUUUUUGCCAACCUGAUCGCCGCCGGCAACGACACUGCCGCCCUAUUUCCUCGCUAUGUCAACAUCCGCCGCGGCGCCAUAAUCUGCCUUGUGCUCUCAUUUGCAAUUACCCCGUGGAAUUUGCUCAAGACAUCCUUCACGUUCACCAGCUACCUCGGCUCCUACCAGAUCUUCCUCUCGAGCAUCAUUGGUGUUGUCAUAGCAGACUACUUUUAUGUACGCCGUGGCUAUUUGGUCGUGCCUCACCUGUUUACCAGAGACCACGAUGGUCUUUAUUGGUACAAGGGAGGGGUCAACUGGAGAGCGUAUGCAGCAUACAUUACCGGCAUCAUUCCUUGUCUGCCUGGUUUCUUGGCUCAGGUGGGCGUGAAGAGCAUUCCCAUCGGUGCUCAGAGGCUGUACAUAUUUGCGUUGCCUAUCGGCAUUAUAGUUUCCGCUCUCGCUUAUAUCUGUUUCUGUCAUCUGAGCCCGCCCGCUGGAGGUCUCAAGGAUGGCUGGCAGGAACACGUGGACUCGGACGCCGUCCUGGAAGGCUCUGGAUCCGACGCCAACAGCAGGGUGACGGAUAUGGAGACGGGAGAGAAGAAUCUGAACAGCUAUGCUGUCUCGCCUACAUCAGCCUAG